GAGAGAGAAAAUAUUCGACUCUUUUUCGGAACCGACUCCUUGGUCGAGAGAGAGCGAAAGAGAGAGAGAGAGAUAGAGAUAGAGAACAUUACGUACUUGUUUAUUUCCGAGGCAGGAGGUUAGGACACCAGCUGUAUUUGAUGAGUUUGAGGGACACUGAUGUAGAGAUGGUGGUUUGGAAAUGCUCAGGCUUCGGAGAUAAUUUGUUGGAUCAGAUGAUGGAAGGUCACAUGCUCGCUCGGGAAUAAUAAUGGCUGCACAGGAACCGUCCCCUCCGUCUUCUCUGGAAGGCAACAAGCCGGGCUUCCCGAGGAAGAUCCUGGCCAACAAGCUGGAGGAGAAGCAUGUGUGUAACAUCUGCCAGAAGAUCUUGCGGAGGCCGUUUCAGGCGCAGUGCGGACACCGAUUCUGCUCCUUCUGCUUCAACAAGACAGUGAGUUCUGGUCCACAGAAAUGCAGUGCCUGUAUAAAAGAAGAUAUUUUUGAGGACCCAACGUCGAUUCUGAAGCAGGGCUGUGCUUUUCCGGACAAUGCUGCUAAAAGAGAAGUCGAAGCCCUCGAAGCUGUUUGUAUCAACGAAGGUUGCAGUUGGACUGGCACCAUUAAAGAAUAUGAGGCCACACACGAGGGACAGUGUGAUUUUAUGAUCAUCCCGUGUCCUUCCUGCAAAGAGCUCUUGAGAGCCAAUGAACUCGAGCGUCACAACGAGCGGGAAUGCCCAGAGAGGACUCUAAAUUGCAAAUACUGCAAAGAACCCUUUCAUUUUAAAAACAUUAAGGCCCAUGACGAGAUUUGUCCAAAAUACCCAAUGAUUUGUGAAGGCUGUGCAAAGAAGAAAAUUCCCAGAGAGAAGUAUGUGGAUCACAUUAAGCUGUGUACCAAAUUCCGCACCCCAUGCAGAUUUCACGUUGUUGGCUGCGACAUGUCUGUGGAGAAGGAAAAAAUCCAUGAGCACGAGCGGGCGUGUUCAUACGAGCACCUAAAUCUGCUGCUGCACUUUAUAAUGGGCAUCAAGGUAAGCGUGGAGAGCCUGCAGCCGCAGGGCCUGGAGAUGGCUAGCCACAAGCUCGAGGAGCUGCAGCAGUCUCUGUGUGAGCUGGAAGUCAAGCUGGGCCAGCUGAGCGCUGGGGCUCCCGUGCAGGGGCCCUGCGUGCCGUGUGUGCCCGCGCCUAACCCUCCACCUCCUGCGCCCACCCUGGCCACCUCGUUCACCCCACUGCCCAGUGCCGUCGGUGCUGCCCUUGAGCUACAGCUGCACAGCGAGAAGACCAAGGUGGCCGAACUGAGCCGGCGCUGCCAAGAGCUCGAGCUGAAGGCCAGCACCUUUGAGAACAUUGUGUGCGUGCUGAAUCGCGAAAUGGAGCGCUCUGCCACCACCAUGGAGGCUUACAACCGCCAGCAUCGGCUCGACCAGGACAAGAUCGAGAUCCUCAACAACAAGGUUCGUCAGCUGGAGAGGACGGUGGGGCAGGAUCUCUCCAUCGUGGAGAUGGAGAGCAAGAUGAGAGAAAUGUCAGCUGCCACAUACGAUGGUGUUUUCGUGUGGAAGAUCUCAGACUUUGCCAAGAAGAGGCAAGACGCUGUAGCUGGACGGGCCCCAGCCAUGUUCUCACCUGCGUUUUAUACAAGCAAGUAUGGCUACAAGAUGUGUUUGCGCAUCUAUCUGAACGGGGACGGAACAGGGCGCGGUACUCACUUGUCUCUGUUCUUCGUGGUGAUGAGGGGACACAGUGAUGCCUUGCUCAAGUGGCCUUUUAACCAGAAGGUCACCCUAAUGCUUCUGGACCAGAAUAACCGAGAACACAUCAUUGACGCGUUUAGGCCCGACAUCUCGUCCUCAUCGUUCCAGAGACCCGUCAGCGACAUGAACAUCGCCAGUGGCUGCCCUCUCUUCUGCCCUCUCGCCAAGCUUGACUCCAAGAACUCCUACAUCCGUGACGACACCAUCUUCAUCAAGGCCAUCGUUGACCUCACUGGCCUUUAAGGCUGUAAGGCAGCUCUUUGCACUCCUCCAGCCUGCUGCAUUUGGUUUUCAGUGCUGGACCAAGGCCUGAGACCUCUAGCAGAUCUCCGACAGGGGCCUAUGCACCCCUUGAAUGACUCCCAUUCCCAGGGCCGUGUUACUUUACAUCGCUCUACAUUAAUGUCGCCAACCCAAAUUGUGCCUGGAGUUUGUGCAGUUUUGCUGUAAUAUAGUCAGAAAGUUCACUCCUUCUUCCCCGUAGCGGGAAUAGCUGUCAGCAGUGAUUGUAAUGUAACUCUUGGUGCCCGUUGUGGCACUUCUGCCUUUUCUAGAGAUUAAGAGAGGACUUUAACUCACAGGAUAGGAGUCAUUUCACCUUCAGGAGCUUUGCUUGUGCUGUGGCCAGUGUUUGGGGCUUGGCUUUCACAUUUCGGUGUUUGAACGAAUCACGUGUUUCUUUUGCAUAGACAGACGUGGAGUUUUAAUAACAAUGAAUGAUGCUAACGAAUUCUUUUGCUCCUAUAUAAUUCCUAAAUCUCGCUUAAUCUAAUAUCGAAAUCUGCUCUGAGUGUAUGCAUCUUCUCGCAUCUCUCCUCUGUGUAUGUAGUGGUGAACAUUGCUCGAAUUCCAUGGAGUCCCGAAAGCGCAACAUUUGGGUUUAUUUUUUUUCGACCCUGCUUGUGUUUUGAGGUAUGUGUAUGUGCAGGUCUCCGUUUCCUUCCUUAACCAUUUUUGGUGUUCUUUGCUGUAUUAGUUUGCAUGUUGGAUCUGUGGAAGAUACAUUCAAGUUAGCAAAAGAGCAGGUUUGCACCUGGAACCUGAGAAGCGAAGGCAGUUUCAUCGUAACUCCCCGUCAGUGAAAAAUAACAACACACUGGUGUUAGUUAAAGCUCUCGAAUUUUUUGCCUCUCAUGCCUCAGUGUAGCCCACCAUUUCACUCUAAGCAGAUAGGACCAUCAUAGCCAAGGCAUCUGGGAUUUACGUGAACAACCUAACUGGCAGCUUUUAGCCUAAUCUGAGUGGAGACGUAGACUAGGACAGAAACUCGUGCUUUCUUGUGGCGUGAAAGGGCUGGUGUUGAAUUGUACUUUGGUGUUUUCUCGUUCUGAGUGUUCUCUUGAUGUUGUGCUGCUUUGGGCAAAAGUGAUUAACGGCCCUCCAACUAUAACGUACUCUGUUAACUAGAAUUAGGCAAAAAGGACUAUUCUUUAGUCACUCCUGUUUUGUCGAUAUACUAUAAAGGUUCUCCUUGGGUUUUACACUUUGUGAACGUACUAGAAACGUGGUUGUUCAAGGAGCUACGUGUCGUGUAAGUGGUAAUCAUAAAUUGUUUCAAACGAUUGCAAGCAUUAAACAAAAAGUCACUAAUUUACAUUCCUUACCAUAGCUCCUGUUGUCCCAGACAACUUUGUGAAAUUUGUACAAAAAAGUUUUUUUAUGCUCUAAACGUUGGUUCGUCAUUAAACGCAACAACGCACAAACAGGACGAAGAAAUCGGCUCAAAUAUUCGCACAUUUGUACUGUUUAUGACCGGGGGCUAACUCUGGAAACAAAGGACUACUAAUUCUAAAUCAGUCAUUUCCAACUGCUAAUCCUACCUGUAGCACCUUUAAGCCAUUUUUAGAUCGGAUAGGUUCCAUAAAAUAUAGCCCGACCUCGUUUUCUACACAUGAUCACCUCAAGAAAACUGGUAGUGUUUAUUUAUUUAUUUAUUUAUUCAGUAUUUUUUUGUAAAGAACCACAGAGAGCAUCGCCACACCUAUACAGUGCAUGACUCUUCCAUUCUAAGGGCUUACAGCAUACAGUACGUCUUCCAUACGAGGUUUCCGCUCUGAUCCUUUUUCGUAGAGGGAGUCUAAGAUGCUUUUAUUUUUAAUUUUUAAUUUUUUUCCCCCUUGGGGGGGGAACGAAAAAAAAAAUAAUGAUGCCUUCAUGCUACCCAAACACCUAAACCCAGCCUAUUUUCAAACCAGUUCCGACAGACAUUGAAACCUCUCUGUGCAUGAGAAUGUUUCAAUAAAGAAGAAGAAGAAAAAAAAAGAAAAACAAACACACAUAUUGUAAAGUAUUGGUUUACUUUGUAGACCAACAUUUUAUUUGUAUUGCUUUUACUUUAUUAUCUGUUGAAAUGCCGUAUAUGAUGGUUAUAAAUGUGAACGUGUUAUAUUGCUUAUUUAAGUAUAAAUAGAUAUACUAUUAUACGGUGCACACGGUUGUCUGACUGUACGCUGUGCAUAUAAUGAAUAUUAAUCAUAUAUCUAAUAUAGAUUCUAUUAAGUAAUAAUAUAUGUACUAUUUCCUGUUGGGAUGGUUUAAAAAUGUGUUCGGGCGCUUUUCUUUUGUUUUUUUGUUUUUUUUUAUGGGCUUUAGCAAGUUCUCCACUUUGUGUCAUCCUAUGAGGAAACAAGUCUUUUUUUGAAGAGAUCUGCAAUUCUUUUUUUCUCACUGCGAUCUUAAUUUGGCAGUUGGUGUUUUCUCAAGCUUGCUCGGUCUUUGCCCCAGUGACAUUUCAGUGCUUUUUUUUUUUUUUUUUUUAAAUAAAUUGUAAAUAGGUGACGUGCCUCUGUAGUAUAGCUCAUACGAUGCAUCCUCUCUCUACACGCCAGCUUAAGCAACCACUGCAUGCUGCAGAUGUGCUGUAUCGUGAGUAAAGUUAAAGCUUUCCGUUCUUUAAACGAAUGGCGUAUAUUUCACUAAAACACUUUGCCUUUUCAACUGACAUUACAUUAUUUGUUGUAAUGCAUACAUUACAGUUUAGCUUGUGCAAUUAUACAAGUGACCUUCCUAUUGUUUGAGUGAAGUCUAGCAGGCUGGUGGGUUGGAGGUUUUUUUUCUUCACGCUAGACACUACAUUUGCUACAUUUGCAGGAGUUCGCCUGCAGCCGUUUAAAUGUAAAUGAACUCAUGCGCUAUACUGAAGUGACGGUAUUUUCUUAUGUUUUUACAUUUGAAUCAAAGCUAAAGUUGUUUCUUAGAUUACUGAUCGACUACUUGUAAUUUGUGUACACUUAAUAAAAUUGUGUUGCCAGUUUAUAUCCUUGUAAGACGUCGGUCUUGCAGUGCCAUAACCUUUCUAAUGCAGUUUACUUUGGAAAAUUUGUGAUGACCUGCGACUAGCAGUGAUUUGUAAAGGUCCCGUGAUUCUUUUUCCCCCUUUCCUGGUUUUACCCUCUUGACAUCUUCAAUAAAUGCUUUUCUGACCUCA